AUGGCAAUGGAUUACUUUUUUUGGUUGGUGUUUUCUCAAGAUAUUGCUGUUACUCGUGCCUUCCAGGAUAUUAAAUUAAGUUGGUGGAUCUCCAAUGUUAACUCUUAUGAGUCUCACUAUCCUCAUUUAUCUCACAACAAAGCCAUUACUGAUGAAUUCAGCAUGAUAAGAAAAUCAAAUGAUUUUGUUGAAUUGAAAACUAUAAAUUGCAAUAAGGUUGAUAUCAUUAAAAAGAAUAUUAUUACUGAUGAUGUUACCGAUAUUAUCAACGUCGAUACAAAUAACGAUACCAAUAGCAAUAUUAUAAAUAAUAUUGUUAAUAGAAAUUCUAUUAAUAAUAACUUUAAUAAUAAUAAUUCUACUAAUAAUAGAGUUAUUAAUAACAAUAAUAAUGGGUUAGUUGUACAACCUUCUCCUUUAGAAUGGUUAAGAUACAUGGUAUUGAUUAAACUUUUCUCGGUUCCAAGAUUUUCUUCUCGAUUAAUAUCACCUAAACUUAUAUCACCGGCCAAUUCUUUUGAUAAUAAUCAAAAAAAUGAUUCAAAACGUGAUUCAAAACAGGAUAUUACUCUUAACAAUCAAAAUAAUGAUGGUCAUUUAAUUCAUCCUGAUCCUGUUCAUUUAAAAGAUCCUUCCUCAUUAGAUUCUUUAACUAACAAUUUAAAUCAAUUAUCUUUAUCUGAUCCCUUAAUAGGUAGUUCUAAAAUUAAUCAUACUAACCAAACUAAUACAAGUAAUACAAAUAAUAUACAUGAUCCAUUUAAUUCCACCACAAAUGAAAUACAUAUAUCGAUCUCUAUGGUUGAUGAUGAUGAAAGACAAAUUGAUGUUAUGCCUGCUAAUGAUGAAUCAAUCAAUUCAGCUGUCGAUUUAUCACAGGAACUUGAAUCGU